CCAGCAGGCAUUGUCUCCUAGGGAACACGGACAUGAAGGUGUUUUAUUCUCCUUUUAAUUCUCCUCGCUCCUUUUUCUCGGUAAGAUGCGUCGCUUAAUGCCUUCCGGUUCGCCGGCGAAGACAAAUAUAACAACGCGGGAGCUUAAUGUCGGAAAAAACAGCUAAGCGGAAUUCCUCGAAGUUACCACGCUGUUGCUGAGGAUGCCAAAUGAGCGAUUAUUGCAUCUUUUCUUUCCUAAACAGUAUCGAUUUACUGGCGAGAUCGUUGCCAUUUGUCGGGGGAAAAUCCUAAAAAAAAGAUUUAAUGGUAAAGUAUGGCCAGUUGACUAUGGCAAAUUCGGUCCAUCCAUUUUUUUUUUUACCGCUUGUCCCUUCAUUUAGGCGCAAUCAAUUCCUAGGGCGGGACUUGUGUAACAGUCUGAGCAUGUCGGAUAUAUAACGCUCUCUCGUCGACAUCAUUCCAGGACCGGCAGAUAUCUUAAUACAGGCCAUCAUCCAGUAUGAAAGAUGCCAAGCUGCAAAGAGCUGCUUCUUGCGAUCGUGAUAUAUCUCAUCCCUGAGGAGACAACAACAGUACAGAGACGUCACAGGAGUGGCAGAUAGCCGCAAGAAUACAACACUUUCUAUGCUCGCAGGCAAUCGCCAUUGAGAAUCGUUGCGUGUCGGAGUAGUGAAAUAUGCUGCAGACGGGCAACUACUCACUAGUGCUGCUCAUCCAGCUGACGCUACUGGCCUUUGACCUCUUCGUCAACUCCUUCAGUGAACUCUUGAGAGGAGCGGCCGUCAUCCAGCUUGUGCUCUUCAUCAUCCAGGACAUCGCCAUCUUGUUCAACGUGAUCAUCAUCCUGCUGAUGAUGUUCAACACCUACGUGUUCCAGGUAGGCCUGAUGUCCCUGCUCCUGGAGCGGUUCAGGGCCCUGCUGUUGUUCUCCGCCCUGUACCUGACCCUCAGCAUCUGCCUCCACAGCUGGGUGUUGAAUCUAAGAUGGAGAGAAUCUAAUCGCUUUGUUUGGACAGACGGCCUCCAAGCUCUCUUUGUGUUCCAGAGGACAGUGGCAGUUUUGUAUUACUACUUCUACAAACGCACAGCAGAGUACAUGGGAGACCCGAGGCUCUAUAUGGACUCUCUUUGGCUGCGCGAUGCCUUUGCCAAAGCUCGUCAGUAGAAUGUAUUUUCAUUAAAGGGGAACAUUAUCACAAUUUCAGAAGGGUUAAAACCAUUAAAAAUCAGUUCCCAGUGGCUUAUUUUAUUUUUCAAAGUUUUUUUCAAAAUUUUACCCAUCACGCAAUAUCCCUAAAAAAAGCUUCAAAGUGCCUGAUUUUAACCAUCGUUAUAUACACCCGUCCAUUUUCCUGUGACGUCACAUAGUGAUGCCAACACAAACAAACAUGGCGCAUAGAACAGCAAGCUAUAGCGACAUUAGCUCGGAUUCAGACUCGGAUU